CCUCCGAUGAUGGAGGACCGCUACGACGGUCUUGGGUGUAAAGUCAGUGAGGCAGCGAUAGCUAUGAGCUGCUAACCAGUCAGAUAAACAACCGCGGCCAUCUCACGAGAGACAGGGCUCAGCACGAGAAACACUGAUGAAGACAUUCAACACUCGACUCAAAGCUUUAAACCACCACGCACGUCUAUAAAAGGAAUGAAUGAGUUACACAUCCUACACGAAAAAUGAUGUAGCAAGCUAACUUUAGCCAGCUGCCUAGCGCGAUACUGCUCAAACAUGGACUAUGACGGACAUGGAGUCCCUUGUCCUGUGCCUAGUUUGGAUUCGCAGGACGAUGCCAAAGACCCGGGGCUGCACACAUUCAGUCACACACACAUGAGGAAAGCCUUUCUGCUUAUGAAUGACUUGAGAAGUCGGAAGAUGCUCUGUGAUGUUUUGUUGGUGGCGGGUGAAGUGGAAAUACCAGCACACAGAGUAGUUUUAGCAUCCUGCAGCCCUUACUUCUGCGCCAUGUUCACAGGUGACAUGAGUGAAAGCAAAGCUAACCAUGUCGAAAUAAGGGAUGUUGACGGACAGACGCUCUUGAAGCUGGUGGAUUAUAUUUACUCCGCUGAGAUAGAAGUGUCUGAGGAAAACGUUCAGGUGUUGCUGCCAGCUGCCAGUCUGCUGCAGUUGAUGGAUGUUCGACAGGUUUGCUGUGACUUCCUGCAGACACAGCUUCAUCCCACCAACUGCUUGGGCAUUCGAGCAUUCGCUGACCUUCACGCCUGCACAGUACUUCUCAGCCAGGCCCACGCAUAUGCCGCAGAGCAGCACUUCACAGACGUCAUGGUUGGUGAGGAGUUCAUGGCUUUGUCCUUACAGCAGGUGUGCAGUCUGAUCUCCAGUGACAAACUGACUGUGUCAACUGAAGAAAAGGUUUUUGAGGCCAUGGUCGCCUGGAUAAAGCACGAUAAAGAGGCCCGUUUAGAGCACAUGCCAAAACUCAUGGAGCAUGUUCGACUUCCCCUACUGUCCAGAGAUUACCUGGUUCAGAUUGUGGAGGAGGAACCUUUAAUAAAAAACAACAAUACUUGUAAAGACUUUCUCAUUGAGGCAAUGAAGUACCACCUUUUACCUGCAGACCAGCGGCACCUUAUAAAGACUGACAGAACACGACCCCGCACACCAAUCAGUCUGCCCAAGGUAAUGAUGGUGGUAGGGGGUCAAGCACCUAAGGCCAUCCGCAGUGUGGAGUGCUAUGACUUUCAAGAGGACCGCUGGUACCAGGUGGCCGACUUACCCUCCAGACGCUGUCGAGCAGGUGUGGUGUAUAUGGCCGGUAAGGUGUAUGCUGUGGGGGGUUUUAACGGCUCUUUGCGUGUGAGGACGGUUGAUGUGUAUGAUGGACUGAAAGAUCAGUGGAGCUCCAUUCCCAGCAUGCAAGAGCGCCGCAGCACUUUAGGAGCAGCUGUACUUGGAGACCUGCUGUACGCUGUUGGGGGCUUUGAUGGGAGUACAGGGCUGUCAUCAGUGGAGGCGUACAAUCCCAAGGCUAAUGAGUGGAUGUUUGUGACUCCCAUGAACACCAGGCGUAGCAGUGUCGGGGUGGGCGUAGUUGACGGAAAGCUGUAUGCUGUUGGAGGAUAUGAUGGAGCAUCUAGGCAGUGUUUGAGUACUGUAGAAGAGUUUAACCCAGUCAGUAAUAAGUGGUGCUAUGUGUCAGACAUGAGCACUAGACGCAGUGGAGCUGGUGUUGGUGUGCUCAAUGGACAGCUGUAUGCUGCAGGUGGGCAUGAUGGGCCUCUGGUGAGGAAGAGUGUAGAGGUCUAUGAUCCCACAACAAACACCUGGAGACAGGUGUGUGACAUGAACAUGUGUCGAAGAAAUGCAGGAGUGUGUGCCAUAAACGGUUUACUGUAUGUGAUCGGAGGGGACGAUGGGUCGUGUAACCUGUCCUCUGUUGAAUACUACGACCCUGCUGCUGAUAAAUGGAGUCUCAUCCCCACAAACAUGAGCAACGGCCGCAGUUACGCAGGGGUUUCAGUUAUUGACAAGCCAUUAUGACUAAAAGUCCUGGGCAGCAGGUCUCUUCUUCACACCUGUCGAGGGCUGAGCUGUGACAGACAGACGCUGAUUUAAGCCUGAAUCCUAACGCUCACAGGUGCUGGAAACUUUUCAUCUCAAAGCCUGACUGCCUCACAAACACACACACACACACCUCUCCCAGCCUCCAGAAAGUGCCAUUUAGCUCUGUUAUUAACAGAGAGGCCACAUAAGGUGAUUAUUAAAACGAAACCUCGUUUACACAGGCCUAACUGGAUUAAAUCUGCCAGGACAGUAUGUACGCGGGACGACUAUGUGCUCUGUUGGCGUUGGAAUCUGGGUGGUAAUCUCGGUGCAGAUGAAGACUGUGCCAACCAAGACCUCUCUGCUUGCUUUACUACUGACAUUACUUUGAACAAUCGUGAUAACAGUCUACUCUAAAACAUCAUAACUGCUUCUACAGUAUAACACUAAUGCAUAUCACAGCCUUUAAACCCGAAGAUACGCAUAAAAUCUUAAAAAAAAGAGGUGUAUAGUAUUUUAUAAAAAAAACCCUGAAUUUAAACUACGAUGGAACAACAUUUGUUUGAAUAAAUUCAUCGUCGCGCAUCAACAAACUCCACAGAUCAUGUGAUUGGAUAACUGGACUGACCAAUCGCAACGCACACCAGCUCAAAUGUUGUUUUAGUCCUUCUAAAAUGCCUAAGCCAAAGUCUGUCAACAAAAUAAUUUGGUUAAAGGCCGACUGCAGGAUAACAUGACAGGGUUUGUUAUUGUGUGUCAUCCGCAAAACUCUUUUACCAUGUAUGACAAUAGAGCUACAGUGGUUUCGCCGGUUGCAGCAAAUUCCUUUUUUAUUACUGAUUAUUUGCAUCAGUUUCCCAGGAAGUGACCUUUUUUUUUUGUUGAGCACAUGGGAAGGAUGCUUUAUUCGCUAGUUAUUUAUGCGAUAUUCCAAUUGUUAUUCUUUUUUAAUGUAAGAUGAAUUUGUAAGUUUGUAUGGAAUCAUAUCUGCUGAUUGUUUUGGUUACAGGGUUACUUCGUUUAUUUUGUAUGAUAAGUAUUAUUGGAACGAGUCCGUUAGUUUUUUCCCUCUCUCUACCAGCCGCUUUCGUGCCAUGAAGUGUUAAAUAUAUUUAACUCCUAAAUAGAAACAGCAUAUAAGUCUCACAGGGUAAAAUUGUGGUCACUUUGUGAAAUUGCUGGAAAAAUAUGUUAAGCAAAAAUCUAUAGUUUGGCAGUGUACUAUAAAGCACAGCUCACACAAAAGUCAAACCAAGCAGCUAUCUAUCGGUCAGUGUGGCAAAUUUGUUGCAAAAUUUGCUUGGGGGGGGGAUAUUUUAUUUUUUGGUGGGACACCUGAUGGCGUGUGUUGUAAGAUGACAGGAUUUCACCCCUGAAAACUUGCUGAACGUCAGUAAAUGUGAUUUUAAUGUGCCAAAUGUAACUCAUAAUCAGAUUUAUAUUAGUAGUCAUUUGUACAUAAGCACUUUUCAUGAUGCAGUUUGGUGUGCAAUUGUCCAUGUUGGACACACAGAAUCUUUCUUUUAUCAUAAAGCUCUAUAGAGGCAGUCACUGAAAUAGCGGUAUGGCAAGCCAUUUUAACAUGUAAUCUAUAAACCACACUAGUAUCUGUUUUUGCCUCACUAAUAAACAUUUUUAGAUACUAGUGCUCAUUAGUUAGAUACCUUGAUACUUUUAGUUAGUAGACACUAAUACUCAAUCACACUGCCUGACAAAAGUCUUGUCGUUGAUCGCAGCAACAACUAAUAACUUGACUUCUAGUUGAUCAUCUGGUAUCAGAAGUGGCUUACAUGAAAGGUAAAGGCCUCUUAUUUUAACAAUAUGAUCAUGCCUUAAUUUUCAAUGAUUUAAUUAGGACAGUAAGGUCUGACUUUGCUUAAAUAAAAGUCUUGUUAUUUAAAAGAAAUAAAGUACAGUAUAGAAUAGAAUGUAAAGUCAUGGUGGAGUGGAAAAAGAAUUAAUAUUGUGUAUGACUCCCAUGAGCUUGGAGGACUGCAUCUAUACAUCUCUGCAAUAACUCAAAUAAAUUAUAAAUGAAGUCAUCUGGAAUCACAAAGAAGCAUUCUUGCAGGACUCCCAGAGUUCAUCAAGAAUCUUUGGAUUCAUCUUCAAUGCCUCCUUCUUAUUCCAGACAUGCUCAAUAAUGUUCAUGACUGGUGACUGGGCUGGCCAAUCUUGAAGCACCCUGACCUUCUUUGCUUUCAGGAGCUUUGAUGUGGAGGCUGAAGUAUGAGGAGCGCUCUCCUGCUGAAGAAUUUGCCCUCUUCUGUGGUUUGCAAUGUAAUAGGCAGCACAAAUGUUGCCAUCCACACUGCAGAUCUCUUACACGCCCCCAUACUGAAUGUAACCAUGAUUUUUCCUUUACCAAACUUGACUGAAUUCUAUGAGAAUCUUUGGUCCAUGCAGGUUCCAAUAGGUCUUCUGCAGUAUUUGUGAUGAUUGUGAUGCAGUUCAACUGAUGUUUCAUCUGAAAAAUCGACCUUCUGCAACUUCUCCAAAUGAUCAACUAGUAGUCAAGUUAUGAUUUGUUGCUCUUACAACUGGGAUCAAUGACAAGACUUUUAUCAGGCAGUGUACUAUUACUUAUGAGAUAGUUGUAGUUGUUAGGUAAUAGUACCCAUUAAAUAGAUACAAGUACUUAUUUUAAUAGUAACUAUUCUGUAUUUUACCAUUGACCUUAUUGAUGUCACUGAGAGAUCAAAUAUUAAGUUCUGACCAGUAAUUAUUUUUAUCAUUAAUAUGGUACUAGUACACUUUUAUAAGAAACAUUCUUAUCAUUACAUAUUAGUUUUUGUAUAUAUUGUUAUUUAUUAAAAAGAUAAUAGUUUUUUUUUAUAUAUAUAUCAGUUAUUUAAUUGGUAAUAGUAUCUAUUAAAUAAUACAUAAUUACUAGUAAAUUUUAAAGAAGUGUACUAGUGCUUAAAAAGUAAGCACUAUACACUAAUGAAUAAGCACUAGUACCAAAUGGAUGAGAUGCUUUUACUUUAAAAAUAACUGCUAGUGUGUUUUAAAGAAUAAAUGUUAAAAUAGCUUGACAAAAACACCAGCUUGGUGUCUUUUGGGUGAAAUUGCACUGUUAUUUUUCUUCCAGUAGAGCUGGUACUUUUUCAGUUGUUGGUAAAUACCAAGAUGGCGGAUAUGUUUGGGAGUGCACCCUUUACCCUCUUUUGGCUCACUGGGUAUUUUAGAUUUAUGACUUAGUAGAACUGGAUAUCAUUUUAUUUAAAAAUAUUACCAUGGUCUAUUCCUUAUCAUUUCCUCAUCACUAGAGAUUCACUGUAGUUCACAGUACUGGUCAUUGUGAAGUGAAAACUGAGGACAAAUUUGUUUCCUAAUGAUUAAGAAUUGCUAAAACCUUGCCUACAUUCCGUGCUGACAUAUCGCAGAUUCACACACGCCGACCCUCUUUGUUAAUUUGAUAUGAAAGUCAUUCUAUGCAGUAAAACGUUUUUGUUGCUCAGUUUAUUUUUUGCUCUGCCUGCUAAAACUGCUGCCGGUUUAUUUUUGGUCUUAAAAACAUCAUGAUCCACAACACUAAAUCAAUGACAUUCCAGUGUAGUGCAUCACCGAUGGAUUAUGCACGAAUGUGGUUUGUGAAUAAGGUAUUAAUGUUUCUAAACAAAUGUAUUAAUAAAUUAAGCUUUGUUAAGAGGA